UCAGUUGGUGCUGCACGCGGCUGGCGUACCCCACGCUGCUGUGCAGGUUUGAAUGAUUCAUAGUUCAUUAAGUGGAUUAACAAAGAUAAAAUACCCCCCUUAAAGUGGUCAGGUACAAGGACUGCACUGAAAAUAGGUGAAAAAGCAGCCAGUGUUUAAAGAAAAACUUCAAAAGAGGUAAGACUGAAGAUGCAUGAGAGCAUGCCAAAUGAAUACAUCUGGAAAAAUGUUCAGGGAACGAUUAUUACAGAAGUGCCAGGCUUCAGGUUCGGCUUUAUCUAAAUGACAUACACCUGGAAAAAAAAUAAGUACAUUUGUCAGCUCAAAGCUACCUAUUCACACUAAAAGUAAAUGUUUGUGAAUUUAGACUUUAAUACAUGAGAUAUGUCGAAACUUUGGGAAGAAAAAAAAAAAUAGCCAGGAUGACAUCUUCUAAACACAAACGUUCCUCAGUAUAAAGGGAAGGAAGUUUGUCACUAAUUUGCAUUUGAAAGUUCUAUAUUCUGUGUCAGUCACUGUAAAAGUAUGGAAAUCUCUUUGAUAUGUUAAUAACACCAAAGAUCUGUUGAUGCCAUUAACAAGAUGUUUUCAUUCCUUCACUGUAGUCUCUGAGAAAUCCGAGUAUAAUAUUCCUGUCGCUUUGGUGUAAUUGUGUUUACCUCCUACAGUCCAUCUGAAGAAAACCACCCAAGAUGUAUGAAGUACAAAGGGGCUUAGUGCCUCAGGCUGGUAUGAGAUUUGAGGCUAAAAGAAGGGAAACACAUCACAACAGCUGUAAAACCAAUGAUCUGGUCAAAAACACAGGUUUGGUUAAUGGAGCAGUUGUUUACAAUGGCUGCUCAGCUUCUGCCAACAGAACCAGUGGGAGGAUCCCAGCUGGCACACUUUAUGGUCCUAAGCCUGCAUACAGGAUUAACGGUUAUAUUAACCAUGGCUACAGAGGCAAGAGUAAAAAAGCAGCACCCUCGGGGACGCUGAAGAAACAAGGAAGCAAAAAUUCAGUUCUCAAUGAUGCCUCAGCAGCCGAUGGGGUCAGCGGAGAAGAUGUUCCAAGUGGUAAAUCAGCCAAAGCUAGUGCUCAGCCCAGUAAUAUUCAGCAAGUGGUACCAGAUCCCAGCCUGUCCGCAUCAGGGAAGAAGCAGAGGAGGAGGAGGAGAUUCAGACCCAAGAAUAGUGCCGAACGAGUCGCCUAUCCAGCAAAUCGUGCGUUCGUGCCACCACGAGAGGAGGAAGACUGGGAGAACGAGAUCCAAGAGGUCACACUCUCUGGCUGGGAAAAGCUGUGUUUUGGGGUUCAACCUUACGGUCCGGAAGACGUGCUCCAUUUUGCUUUGCGGGACAUGACACUUAGGCAAAGGGACACCGCAGACCUGCCGGUGACAGCCGGUUACAACCCGGCCGUGCACCACCCGUGCCCCCUGACAUGGUCCUGUUACAACACUCCCACUGUGCCAGACCAAUUUGCAGAUGCUGACUAGUAAACCGGACAUAGGCUUAUAUGUUAGAGUAGUGGUCAAUUAUAUAAAUUCACCUGUUUAUCAAAUAUUUGUUUCAUUAGCAUUUGGUUUAGUAGAAAACAUAUUUAAUGCCAUAGAUCAAAGAUUGUGGGGUGGAGUCUAGGUUGCCAUCAGGUUGUUUUUUACUGUAGGUUCUAUUUUAUAUUUUAAAUUCAGGUUUUAUAUUUGUUUUAUAUGAAAGCAAAGCACUUUGGGGAUUGUAAAUGUUGGUUUUAGUUAACUGCCACUUUCUUUUAGUUGCGCUGCUUUAGUCAGUGCUGUUUCUUUAACAGGCCAUGCUUUUCCUGUUUCACUUCCAUACUUGUCUGUGCUAAAAGAGCUAAAAUAAUAGUUUUAACUGUUUCUUUGUGUUUGAAAUGAAUACCCUGUUGUCAUAAGUUGCUCAUUUGAGCGGAAAGAUAUGUUUAUAAGCAGCACCUGUUCAUAGCAAGUAAAUGAAGUAACUAUUUUAAUUUGAUACUUAUGGGACAGCCGAUUUA